CAGGAGUUCAUAUGGAAGGAAGUACCACGUACGCUCAUCACGACAUGACAAUCUUAGUGCGUUUGCUCUCAUGACAGCUUAAGCUUUCGAGCCAUCGUUUCCGCGAUUUUUCUACCCUGCAUGCGAUUACCAUUCUUUGCUAUCUACCACCCUACUGCAUCACUUACGCGAGUGUCACCACGACCCUGAGCUUCCUCCACUUACAAACUACGAUAUGAACAUCACGAACCCGCAAGCCUGGUCCCCAGCCAUCCUGGACUAUGUCAAGGAGUUCACUGCCGAGUUUGCGCAGCUGGACAACAUUCAGGGUGACAACCUCGAUUUUCCUGGUUCUGCAAGUAAUGAUCAAACUUCUCGUCGACUUCUAAAAUAUCUUGGCUCGGAUGAGAGUAAUGCGAUGACAUCCGUUGCCCUGGAUGCUACUCAUCCCAUAUCAGACUACUUCAUCUCGAGCAGCCACAACACAUACCUGUGGGGCAAUCAACUUUACGGUAAGGCUAGCACAAAGGCAUACCAGAAAGUCUUGGAACGAGGCUGCCGCUGCGUCGAGAUCGAUGUCUGGGACGGAGACGAUUCGGAUUCCGAGACUUCGGACUCAUCAGCCGAUAGUGACAGUGAUGCCGAGAAUGAAGGCGGGAUCAAGAAGUUGAGCAGGAAAUUCAAAGACAAGAUCGGCCUGUCGAAGGCCAAGGCUGAGCCUCAAUCGAAGGAGAAACCAGUGGCUGCUUCCACUUCACCCGAGCAUGAGAGUGUAGGACAAGCGGGCCUUCGCAGAACUGUGUCCAAGACCGAGCCACGCGUUCUUCACGGACAUACAGCAACCAAGGAGAUAUCCUUCAGAGCCGUCUGCGCUACCAUACGGGACUAUGCAUUCACAGCAAGUGAUCUCCCCUUGAUCGUCAGUCUCGAGGUUCAUGCCUGUCCCGCUCAGCAAAAAAUCAUAGUCGAUAUCAUGAAGGAGUCAUGGGCAGCAUACUUGGUCGAUCUGAAUGCUGUGACUGGUCAUGAGACAUCUCUUCCAAGUUUAGAGUCCUUGCGCAAGAAGAUACUCAUUAAGGUUAAGUACACUGCUCCAGAAGCAGCAAAGGGUACAGGCCCGGUCGUGGUGUCAAGCAAUGCAGACCCUGAGUCGGGGUCAGAGGAUGAGUCUCAGGAGACGCCAGCCAAAAAGAGUCACAUCAUUUCUGCACUCGCUUCAAUGGGCGUCUACACUCGUGGCUGUCAUUUCAAAGACUUCGACCAGCCUGAGGCCAAGCUUCCCAACCACAUAUUCUCGUUGUCCGAGUCCAAGAUCAUCGACGUACACAAGCGUGAUCAUUCGGCACUGUUUAGACACAACAAGCGUUUCUUGAUGAGGGUCUACCCUAAAGGUAUGCGUGUAUCCUCGAGCAACUUGGACCCUGCACCUUUCUGGCGGAUGGGUGCGCAGAUUGUCGCCCUCAACUGGCAAUAUAUCAACGCAGCAACUAUGCUCAAUCAAGCGAUGUUUCACGCCACGGGAGGUUGGGUACUCAAGCCUGAAGGCUACCGAAGCUUCCACAAAGCUCAAUCUCAAAUUGCGGCACUCGAUCGAGGUAAACUCGACUUGUCGAUCGAACUGCUUGCUGGUCAAGAAAUUGGUCCGGCUGACAGAAAGUUCCAUCUCUACGUGCGUUCCGAGCUGCAUAUUGAGGAUAUGGAAGAGCUUACUAACGGAUCGCUCCCUGAGGGAGGCACAACGAAAGAAGGACAGAUUAAGGCGGCAAGUGAGCUUGGAACUCCUGGCAGGUCUCCGGACUUCAAGCGCCAAAUGCUCCAGUUCAGAGUUGAUGGUGUAGCCGAAGAGCUAACAUUCUUGAGAUUCAAAGUCAUGGAUGAUGACACCUUCAGUCGCGAUAACCUGGUGGCAUGGGCAUGUUUCAGACUGUCCAGAUUGCAGACGGGCAUCAGGAAGAUACAUCUGUAUGACUGCGAAGGUCAGCAGACCAACGGGAUGCUGCUUGUACGCAUAAGCAAGAGACUCGAUAUUGAGUAAAGUCACAGACGAUCCAUCUAUAUUGACUCCUGGUCGAGAAGAGUCGGAAUACUGUUCACACUUUCUGACUGUAGUCUUCCGACACAGUACCAGAACCGCUCGUGCCAACUCGAUAUCUCAUCAAUGCAAGACGCCAUUUCCCGUAGGGUUUGUGCAUAGGAUUGCACAACGUAAGUCAUCAUCCAUGGAUAUUGUUCUGUCGCUGCAUCAAAUUUGUAUACCGUUCGUCCUCCGGCAUUUAGUGACACACGACCCGCGCAAUGUUAGACCGACU